AUGAUGAAAGACAUUCAAGCACGAGUUCUUGGGUUUAAGUAUACGAGUUUUCAUGUCUAUACAACAAAAGUAGAAGUAGAAGGAUGUACAUGGACAGUAGAUAUUCGAUAUAAUACAUUCUAUCAGUUCUACGUACGUCUCGUUGCACUUGAAAAAUACUUUACCGUGGAAUUUCCUCCAAAGGGUGGUCUCUUCUUCUCGCCAUCCCCAGAAGAACGACAGGAACAGUUGGAUGACUUUCUAUCGAGUACACUUGCUUACUUUGAUAUGCGAGGUCAUCCAAAACGUAUGAAAGCUUUGCUGGAUGAACUUUUGGACAUUUCAAAACAUUUGGAUGUCAAGGAUGAAGAAGAGGAACAUACAGCAAGUGAGGGAAGCUCUGAAGAUCACGAAGAGUACUUGAUGAUGGACAAGUUGAAACUCUUGUACAGGUCGUUCACCAAGAGCUUCAGUCUGAUGCUGAGGAUCAAGCUCGGAGCACACGAUGCAGUUGACGUGGUCGAGAUUGAAACGAAACCAGAGGCGCUUGAUAGUGUGGAUCUUGAAGAGCUUCAGUCUGAUGCUGAGGAUCAAGUCCGAGCACAUGAAGCAGUUGACGUGGUCGAGAUUGAAACGAAACCAGAGGCGCUUGAUAGUGUGGAUCUUGAAGAGCUUCAGUCUGAUGCUGAGGAUCAAGUCCGAGCACACGAUGCAGCCGACUUAGUCGAGACUGAUACUGAAACAGAAGCUGUUGAGGCAAAUGAGGUAAAAGAGCAAGUACAAAUGGAAGACAAAAUUCAGGACAAUCAACAGCAGCCGACUUGUGUUGCUGCGACCAGUGAUUGUACGACGGCACCGCAUCCCGAAACGCUUGUCUUUGGAGCGAUUCAGACAGCAGUUGUGUCACCUACGCAAGAAGAUACCGGGGACUGUAAGUCUGCUACGGUGAAAAAGGCUACAGAGGAACAAGACGUGGUCAGAGGAGACAAAGUUAUGGAAGUUGAGCUGGAGAUGCAACAGACAAAGACAGCCCUGGCGGAAGUUAAAGCGAAACUAGUAGCCUCGAUUGCAGAGACGAAGACUCCAAAGGUUGAGCAAAAAGAUAUGACCAGACUUGCCUCCGCACAGACAGCCAUUGAGACUGUGGCAACCUUGACAGAAUCUGAAGAACAGGACGUCGAACAAGUGGUGCAAACUGAAGCUGAUAUUGGACAGUCGUCAGGAGCAAUCAAGAUGGACGCCGUUCCAAUUUUGGCGUCGAAUGUUAAAGAGAAGCCGAUUGCAGAAAACCAGUUGCGUUUAAAGGAGAAGAGCAAAGAGCCUGUUCUCAAGCCAUACAAGACGGAAACCGAACCUGAAAACUCUGUAAAGGGCUGGAUUCGGCGUAUCAUCACGUUCAGUUUGUCUCCAGACGAAGACAAGGAACAAAGAGCCGCUAAAAUGAAAUUUGAAGAAGGAGAAGCGGUGAACGAGGCUGCAGUGCAAGCAGAGGCCGAGGCAAUUAAGCGAGAGGAUGGCACGGAGGUUGAAGCGGAGAAAGAGACUGCAGUGCAAGCAGAGACCGAGGCGAUCAAGCGAGAGGAUGGCACGGAGGUUGAAGCGGAGAAAGAGACUGCAGUGCAAGCAGAGACCGAGGCGAUCAAGCGAGAGGAUGGCACGGAGGUUGAAGCGGAGAAAGAGACUGCAGUGCAAGCAGAGACCGAGGCGAUCAAGCGAGAGGAUGGCACGGAGGUUGAAGCGGAGAAAGAGACUGCAGUGCAAGCAGAGACCGAGGCGAUCAAGCGAGAGGAUGGCACGGAGCGAGAGGACGCCACAAAAGCUGAAGCGGAGAAAGAGACUGCAGUGCAAGCAGAGACCGAGGCGAUCAAGCGAGAGGAUGGCACGGAGGUUGAAGCGGAGAAAGAGACUGCAGUGCAAGCAGAGACCGAGGCGAUCAAGCGAGAGGAUGGCACGGAGGUUGAAGCGGAGAAAGAGACUGCAGUGCAAGCAGAGACCGAGGCGAUCAAGCGAGAGGAUGGCACGGAGGUUGAAGCGGAGAAAGAGACUGCAGUGCAAGCAGAGACCGAGGCGAUCAAGCGAGAGGAUGGCACGGAGGUUGAAGCGGAGAAAGAGACUGCAGUGCAAGCAGAGACCGAGGCGAUCAAGCGAGAGGAUGGCACGGAGGUUGAAGCGGAGAAAGAGACUGCAGUGCAAGCAGAGACCGAGGCGAUCAAGCGAGAGGAUGGCACGGAGAAAGAGACUGCAGUGCAAGCAGAGACCGAGGCGAUCAAGCGAGAGGAUGGCACGGAGGUUGAAGCGGAGAAAGAGACUGCAGUGCAAGCAGAGACCGAGGCGAUCAAGCGAGAGGAUGGCACGGAGGUUGAAGCGGAGAAAGAGACUGCAGUGCAAGCAGAGACCGAGGCGAUCAAGCGAGAGGAUGGCACGGAGGUUGAAGCGGAGAAAGAGACUGCAGUGCAAGCAGAGACCGAGGCGAUCAAGCGAGAGGAUGGCACGGAGGUUGAAGCGGAGAAAGAGACUGCAGUGCAAGCAGAGACCGAGGCGAUCAAGCGAGAGGAUGGCACGGAGGUUGAAGCGGAGAAAGAGACUGCAGUGCAAGCAGAGACCGAGGCGAUCAAGCGAGAGGAUGGCACGGAGGUUGAAGCGGAGAAAGAGACUGCAGUGCAAGCAGAGACCGAGGCGAUCAAGCGAGAGGAUGGCACGGAGGUUGAAGCGGAGAAAGAGACUGCAGUGCAAGCAGAGACCGAGGCGAUCAAGCGAGAGGAUGGCACGGAGGUUGAAGCGGAGAAAGAGACUGCAGUGCAAGCAGAGACCGAGGCGAUCAAGCGAGAGGAUGGCACGGAGGUUGAAGCGGAGAAAGAGACUGCAGUGCAAGCAGAGACCGAGGCGAUCAAGCGAGAGGAUGGCACGGAGAAAGAGACUGCAGUGCAAGCAGAGACCGAGGCGAUCAAGCGAGAGGAUGGCACGGAGGUUGAAGCGGAGAAAGAGACUGCAGUGCAAGCAGAGACCGAGGCGAUCAAGCGAGAGGAUGGCACGGAGGUUGAAGCGGAGAAAGAGACUGCAGUGCAAGCAGAGACCGAGGCGAUCAAGCGAGAGGAUGGCACGGAGGUUGAAGCGGAGAAAGAGACUGCAGUGCAAGCAGAGACCGAGGCGAUCAAGCGAGAGGAUGGCACGGAGGUUGAAGCGGAGAAAGAGACUGCAGUGCAAGCAGAGGCUGAGGCGACCAAGAAUGAGGAUCGCUCAAAGGCUGAAGAGGAGGUCAAAGUUGAAGCCAUCGAAGCUGAGCUCCUGCUUGCGAAACAGGAACUGAAUUUGCGUCUGAGACGUUACCGUCACCCGAUCUUCUUUCAAAGUUUCAAUUGCUGCGUGCGUAGAUCUUGGUACUUCUUGCCGCAGCAUUUGGGCAGCAUUGUCGUCGUGUAA